AGGCCAUUUUUCGAGCUAUUUCAGGCAUCGGUUCAACUUCUCUCCGGCCAGCUCUGCGACGCCGACGGAGCUGAAACCUAAUCGGAGUUUGCUGAGCUGCUUCCUCCGUUUCCCGAUCAGGAGUGCGGAUUGAAAGUUCGUUGUGCCUUUCAUUUUUUCGCCCCCUGAAUUCGCUUCUACUGGCUUGUUUGGAUCACUCGCGAUCUUCUUCUUUUUAUGUCUGAUUGCUGCGAUUUUGACACUGUUCGCGUAGCAGACGCGUCAUGUGCAUUUCGAGCCUUGUUUAGUCUCGUCUGAGAGAGUUUGAUCGGGGAGAGAGCAAAAGCGGAUGUAGGUCUCAGGUUUUCUCUUCGGUUCCUUGAAACGUAUGCGCGCUCUUGGCAUCUGUUUAAUUCUCGGGAUUAGCUGCUUCAGUCUAAUCAAGUCCGCAACGGGUACGAUGUUUCUAGGUAAUGACACCGUGUGAUGUGAAUCAUGCAAGUUAAAGAGAUAUGAUAACGGCGUUUUAGGUAAUGUGAUUGCUGCCCGCUGGUUAAAUCGCCCAAGUGUGACAAAUUGGAGUUUUCUUUAGUGUGGUCCACCGAGUUGCUUCAUGAGUUGGUUAAGUUUGGGGAUUGUGCUGAGAUACCUUUGAAGAGGUUAUUCUGCGAAGAGGUGAUCUUAUGCAGCUUGUCGUAUUGUGGCGGCAAUCUGAUCUUAAGAUUUGUGAUUAGUGCUAUUCCAUGUGUUCAAAAACCUUCUUGAGCCUGUCAAAGUCAAAAUCCAUGGAGAUUCAAUCCUGUAAUCUGGGUGCUUUUUCAAGAAGCUCCUCGCCUGGGGAGCUUCACUUUGUGUCGCCCCCCCCCAAUUCCGGUUUUGUUUUCCCCUCUCGGUACUGGUGCGGCAUUCAUUUUAGUGAAAAGUGAGAAGAUUAUGGUCAGAUGAGCUAAAUUACGAUGGAAGAAAGCUGAUGAUUCAACAUUGGAAGAAAUGUUACUCGGAAAAUAUUUGUCCUCAAUGGAAAGUUUCUGCAAAGUUGCAGAUUGAGGUUGGCGUGUCCAUUGAUCGUGUUCAGUAUAAUUGGAUUUGGCCCAAGCCUCCCAGGUUCCUAAGAGGAAUGGAGUAAUGAUACAGUUCCUUUGUCAUUCGUUGAAGUGGGAGGCUCUGGAAUUCAUCCUUGCUGCGUAUAUAUUGUGUGGAUCGUUCUAGCCUGUAGCUUUCGUGAGUUCAUCUCUUGGAGUGUUGCUGAUUGGAGCCAUCAAACUUUCUUUGGAUGUGUUCUCUUCUAGCUGAUUUCAAUCCUUCUUCCAGGAGGAAAGCAAUAAUAGUACACGGCGCUUCCUGGCUUAAUUGGGUCAAUGACAUGCCUUAAUGUGAUUGGAGCAUUGCUAAAUUCUUCUUUUAUGCAGGUGCUUGGCAACCUUGUUGAGGAUAUAAGAUCCGAGGAAUCAUAUAAUGGGGGAACUGACUGUAGAGCAUUCUGAGGAUCAGAAAUUUGAGUUGAAGAACUUGGAGACCUUGGAGGCCGUCAUAUGUGAAGAUAAAAAUAGUGAGAAAGCUGAUAAAUGCACGCCACAAUCAGAUGGCAAAUGCAUGCCCACUGUUUUUCCAGAAGAUGUUCGAAAAGUGAAUGAUUUUCUGGAGAAGGGAUGCUCACUCUUUGGAUGUUCACAUUAUCGGCGGAGGUGCCGCAUCAGAGCUCCGUGUUGUAACGAAAUUUAUGAUUGUCGCCAUUGUCACAACGAGGCAAAAAAUAGUAUCAAUGUGGAUCAGAAAGGUAGACAUGACAUGCCACGCCAUGAAGUUAGUCAGGUGAUAUGUUCCCUUUGUGGCACUGAACAACAGGUCCAGCAGUUCUGUAUAAACUGUGGUGUGUGCAUGGGGAAAUACUUCUGUGCGACGUGCAAGUUUUUUGACGAUGAUACAUCUAAAAAGCAAUACCACUGCAGUGGAUGUGGAAUAUGCAGAAUUGGAGGGAGUGAAAACUUUUUUCACUGCUACAAGUGUGGCUGCUGUUACUCUAUUUCGCACAAGAACAGCCACCCUUGUAUAGAAGGAGCAAUGCAUCAUGAUUGCCCUGUCUGUUUUGAGUAUUUAUUCGACUCGAGGAACGAUGUGACUGUUAUGCCAUGUGGACACACAAUUCAUCAGAACUGCUUGAAGGAGAUGAGAGAUCAUUUUCAAUAUGCUUGCCCCCUUUGUUUGAAGUCCGUUUGUGAUAUGUCCAAGGUCUGGGAGAAAUUCGAUUUGGAGAUUGCUGCGACACCGAUGCCAGAGCCUUACCAGAAUAAGAUGGUGUGGAUUCUUUGCAACGACUGUGGGAAAACCUCUGAGGUGCAAUUCCAUGUAGUGGCUCAGAAGUGCUUGAACUGCAACUCCUACAAUACUCGCCAGACGAGAGGCUGAGAUUUGCUUCUAAGGAGUGUCCCUGGACAGUUAUGGUGGAUGUGAAGCCGCAAUGCAUUCACGAAGUGGCAUCCCAACAUCGACUCGAUGAAUCAUGGCUUUUCUCCAAGUCCAAUGUGCUUGUUGGUGGUUUCCAUUUUUUCCUCAACAUUUUGUACCUGAAAGGAGUUGGGAAUUCAUGGUAAUUGCGUA